UCUGAGCGCGAGGAACGGAUGGGUGUGAUGCCGGUGUGCGUAUGGUCGCUGUUCCGCCGUCGGAGCGCUCUCUGUGCGGGAGAAAGGCGGUGAGAGGGACACACGAACUGGAGAUCUAUGUUUAAGGACUGCACCCCGGAGAGAAGAGACUGCCCGGAGCCCGUCAGCAUGCGGGUCCUGUUGAGUGUGCUGUACCCCGUCCUCUCCCUCACUGUCUUCGGAUUAUACCCCUCCAUGACUAUCGGCCCAAAGGAGGGCUGGCAGGUGUACAGCUCUGCGCAGGAUGCUGAUGGGAGAUGUAUCUGCACCGUGGUGGCUCCAGAACAGAGCCUUUGCUCCAGAGACGCAAAGAGCAGACAGCUCCGCCAGCUGCUGGAGAAGGUGCAGAACAUGUCUCAGUCAAUUGAGGUGCUGAACCUGAGGACUCAGAGGGAUUUCCAAUAUGUCAUGAAGAUGGAGAACCAGAUGAAGGGCCUGAGGACCAAGUUCAGACAGAUCGAGGAUGACAGGAAAUCCAUCAUGGCCAGAAACUUCCAGGAGCUUACGGACAAGAUGGACGAGCUGAAGCCAUUGAUCCCCGUGCUGGAGCAAUAUAAGAUGGAUGCGGCGCUCAUUUCCCAGUUCAAGGAGGAGAUCAGGAACCUGUCUGCAGUGCUGACGAGCAUCCAGGAGGAGCUCGGAGCCUACGACUACGACGAGCUCUACAAGAGAGUCCUGAAACUGGACAACCGACUCCGCAGCUGCAUGGGCAAACUAACGUGUGGGAAAUUAAUGAAAAUCACUGGACCUGCUACAAUAAAGACAUCUGGAACUCGGUUUGGGGCAUGGAUGACUGAUCCUCUGGCAUCAACCAGAAACAACAGGGUGUGGUAUAUGGACAGCUACACCAACAGCAAGAUUGUUCGUGAGUACAAGACCACGGAGGACUUUGUCGCAGGAGUGGUUUCUAGAACCUACAGCCUCCCCUUUAAAUGGGAAGGGACCAAUCACAUCGUCUACAACGGAUCUCUCUACUACAACAAGUACCAGAGCAACAUAAUCGUUAAAUACAGCUUUGAGACGGGCAGCGUGUUAGCACAGAGAGCCCUGGAGUUCGCCGGUUUCCACAACAUGUACCCGUACACCUGGGGAGGAUACUCUGACAUCGACGUCAUGGCUGACGAGCUGGGAAUGUGGGUCGUGUAUGCAACCAAUCAGAAUGCUGGAAAUGUCGUCAUCUCUCAGAUCGAUCCAGACACGCUGCAUGUCCUGAAGACUUGGAACACAGAGUACUCGAAAAGGAACGCAGGUGAGUCUUUCAUGAUCUGUGGGACGCUCUACAUCACUAACUCUCACCUGUCUGGAGCAAAGGUGUACUAUGCCUACUCCACCAAGACUUCAUCCUACGAGUACAUAGACAUCCCCUUCCACAACCAGUACUUUCACAUCUCCAUGCUCGACUACAACGCCAGAGAGAGAGCGCUGUACGCCUGGAAUAACGGACAUCAGGUGAUAUUUAACGUUACCCUCUUCCACGUCAUAAAAACUGAUGAUGACUCUUAAAUGUCAAACUUUUGCAAAAACAACAUAAACGCCGUCAUUUGUGAUACAAAUACUUCUUAUCUAUCAGUAACUCCUUUGCAAAAGUCAACUGUGGGAUCUCACCACUACUUGAACUUUUCUACCAUGUGGCUCUGGAUUUGUGUUAAAAUGAGCAUGGACACCACUGACUGACAUAUUUUUCACUUUCCUUUGCUGCUGAUCAGACUGCUUUUGCCUUAUUUGCUCUAUGUUGGAUCUACUUACUGAAGACAUUUGAAAGCUUAUGCAUGAAUGUCCACAUUUUGUCUGCAGUGAUUUCCUAUAGUCUCGCUGUGUUUUGCUGCAAAUCUGUGUUUGCAUUUUUUGUAUAAUUAAAAGUCUAUCUAGAAGUAUUUAAACCCUAAAGGCAACCUCUUCUACAGAUUUGCUACAUGAAUUUAAUUGAUUGUUCAGUAUAAAUAGUUGCCAUCCUUUCAAAGACAGGUCUGUAAAAUACUGCUGUAAUGUUUGUCUCUGUGUAAGAAAAACAUUUGUAUUUUUUAUAAAACUGAAUCAUAGAAGAAAA